AAGUGUGUUUCACCACAUCUUUUAAAUGUAAUUGCACUGCUCAUAUCUGCUCUGUCUCAGUAUCGCUUCUUGUUCUACUGACAAUUGUUUAUUUUCAUGUGAAUUUUAAUAAACUAAACUUUAGUUACGUGGUCAAACUUGUUCAUGUUUCUGAUGAACUGAAAACGGUUGGUGUAUUUUCUUGAUACAAUCAUGUGAUUGUUUUGUUCACUCUCGAACAUUAGUCACUGUUUCAACACUUCCUCUCUCUGGCUUCAGGAACUCACACAGUCAUGUUUAGAGUCGGCUCCUCCUCUCGUCUGAUCCAACUUUGGGAACUCCAAAGCUGCACUGUCAUGUUUAGCACUCAGCCCUCCUCCCUCUGGGAUCCAGGGCAUUACUGGGAUUCCCUUACUCAUGUUAAGCCCCGUAGUCCCUCCCUCAGAACUCUUCCAAGUUGUUCUCAAAGCUGCAGCAUCAUGUUAACUCACAGUCCCUCCCACUGUUUUUGCUGAAGUUGCCGUAUCAUGUUAAGCUGAGGUUUUGUGACGCUGAGUUCCUGUUUCCAUUCAGCUGCUUGGAGGGAGGAGACAGAAGACGAUCAUAUAAAAGGGAGAGAACACAGAGCGCAAGCUGUAGUGCACAUCCAGAGGGAAAACAGUGAAUCACUGUGGACAUAGAACAAACUACCAGACCAACAGAACUUCAUCCUAACUGGGCCACAAUGGAGACAGAGAAGAAGACUCAGACCACAGCAGAGCUGAUGACUGACAGGGAUCUGUCAGAACAAAUCAAAAAGGUGACAAAGGAGAGUCACGUCAGGGCAGAAAACACAGAAAUUAUGCUGAGCUUCCAGAAGGGACAAGUCACCCUGCCGCAGUAUAAGCUCCUCCUGUCCUCGCUGUAUGAAAUCUACAAUGCCUUGGAGGAACAGAUGGACAGGAACUCCAGCCACCCUGCCGUCGCUCCCAUUUACUUCCCGGCUGAACUGGCCAGACUGGAGGCCAUCGAGAAAGACCUGGAAUACUUCUAUGGCCAGGACUGGAGAGAGAAGAUCGUUGUCCCGGCUGCCACUAAGAGAUACUCCCACAGACUCAGACAGAUCGGUAAAGAAAACCCUGAAUUCCUGGUUGCCCAUGCCUACACUCGUUACCUAGGUGACCUGUCUGGAGGCCAGGUCCUGGGUCGAAUCGCCCAGAAGUCCAUGGGGCUGAGGGGCAGCGAGGGUCUGUCGUUCUUUGCCUUCCCUGGUGUGUCCAGCCCCAACCGGUUCAAGCAGCUGUAUCGCAGCCGGAUGAACAGCGUGGAGCUCACGGAGGAGCAGAGGAACGGCGUGCUGGAGGAGGCUGUCAGGGCGUUCGAGUUAAACAUUCAGGUCUUUGAUGAUUUGCAGAAGAUGCUGCUGAGUGUCCCUGAAAACAAGCUGCAGACGUCUUCCACACACUCCACACCAGUGAAGGUACUCCAGAUCCCCGGAGCCAUCCUCCAAUCAUCUCCGCUGCUCAGGACGCUGCUGGGACUUUUUGUGGCUCUGGCCACAGUCAGUAUAGGAAUCUACGCUUUUUAAAAACAAUACACAACAAUAAAUACUAUGCGUUUGUCUGUUGCUGUUACUGUACAUUGUUCAGAAAUCUCCUGUAAAUGCCUGUAAAUGACUAAGUACUGUAAAAUACUUUUUUUAAAUUUAGAAGCUUAGGUUUACAUUAAGAUUGAUUUUCAGUCUCACACCGUUAUCCAGUGUGCAAUAAAGUGUGCUUUUAAUACUGUAAAUACCUUUUUAAUAAAAAUAUUUUGUUGAAAGAAA